AUGGUCCUCACGACGGAGUGCUUCGUCGCGCGCUGCGUCACGACGGACGAAGCCGUCGCACCGGAUUGCUUCGGCUUCCGCGACGUCGAUGUGCCGGAGCUGCCACCGAAUGGGCUGCUCAUAAAAACCAAGUUCAUCGGCCUGGAGCCCUACAUGCGCAUCUGGGGCAUCGGCCCGCAGGGCUGGGGCUUGGACAACGUCCCCGGCGGCAAGGUCGUCGGCGAGGUCGUCGCCUCCGAGAGCGAGCGCUUCGCCGUCGGCGAUCUGGUGAAGACGUCCGCGCAGUGGCGCGCGCCGGUCACCUGGGUCGUCGCCGACGAGAAGACGCUCGUGGAGAAGCUCGACCCGACGGUGGAGCCGCGCAUCUACCUCGGCCUCGCCGGCUCCGGCGGCCGGAGCGCGAAGCUGCCCCUCGAGCGCGUAGCGCGGCCGUCCGCGGGCCAGGUCGCCGUCGUCACCGCGGCGGCGGGCACCGUGGGCCUCGCCGCGUGCCAGCUCAUGAAGCUCGACGGCGUCGACGUCGUCGGGACGGCGGGCACGGACGAGAAGAAGCGCCUCAUCGAAAGCCUGGGCUGCAAGGCCUUCAACUACAAGACGGAGGCCGCCGCCGACGCGCUGAAGCGCCUCGCGCCGAAGGGGGUCGACUUUUUGUUCGACAACGUCGCGGGCGCGAUCCGAACCGCCGUCGUCGAGGCCAUGAACCCCGGCGCGCAGAUUCUCACGAGCGGGCGCAUCGCCCAAUACGACGCGGCGGGCGGCGCCGCGGGCGGCGACGAGGCGCGCGACGCCGCGAUGAUCCGGGAGAAGAAGAUCGCGGACCACGGCCAGUUCUACGUCGGGAACUGGGAGAGCGAGUUCGUCCCCUGCACCGAGGCCAUCGUCGCGCUCUACAAGGCGGGCAAGCUCGUCUCGAAGGACACGGUCUCCGAGGGCUUCCGGAGCCUCCCCGACGCGUUCGUGGGCAUCUUCCUCGGCCGGAACGUCGGCCGGAUGGUCGUCGCGUGCUAA